AUGCGAUCGGCUACAUCAUUGGUGGCAUCGAAUGAUGCUGACAUGCUCAUGCAUGACUCAUUUAGCGAUAUAAGUAGUGGAGAUUCGAAUAUUGUUUUAGACGGAAAUUUUCGUCAAAUAAUGAGUGGUGUUUCAGAAGCAUACAGCAAUGCCGAAUCGUGGCAAUCGAGACGAGAGAUUCUCUCAAUUGUAGCACCGAAAAUAUCGUUAAAACUCAUGCAGUUGUUCAUACCGGGUUUAACUAGUGGCAGAUUUUCUGCAGCACGUUUGCACGCUAGAAAAUAUAGUGCCGGUUCCAGAGUUGAAGUAACAACAAAAGUUGUGCAACGGUUUGAUGAUCAUCAAAUCGCUCACUUUGCUGAUUUUAUUGUUUCACCUCACGUGUGUACAGAUUUACCAUUUGGUGAGAAAAUAUUGAAAUUGUCUUCUGGAAUUGAAUUAUUCAUUCCAAAUACGAUAAGAAAUAUGGGACCAAUUCGUAUUAUCGACCAGUAUCUUCUUUAUUGCAAAGAGAUGUGUUCAGAUUUUGAACCACUUGGUAAAAGUAGUUUAUUUACUAUUCUCGAUACUUGUAAAGCGUCAACAAGAAAGUCUUUGCAAGGUAUCAACUACUUCGCAGCCGAAGCUGGAGAAGCAUUCGACGGCAUAAGAAAAAUGAUUGAAGAUAAAGACGCUGUUUCUAGUGAAAGUAAACGACUUAUUGAUAACUUGAAACGCGCUCGAUUUUAUUUGAAAUCUGAUUAUAAAGUGCACGUAACAAGAGCAAGCAAUAUUGCUGAUCAUUGUUGUGCUUAUGCAUUGAGCGAUCCAAAAGGACGCAGUUUUGCUCAAGACUGUGAUCAUGAACACGAUGAAUCGUGCAUUGAGUGCUUGAAUCUGACGAGCACACUGAAUGAAAUUGAACGAUUUAUCGAGGAAACAGAAACAGACGAAGAGUUACUCGAUCGUGCUAUGAAAAAGUUUCAAUUGUAUCGUGAAUCUAUCGAAGCAUGGAAAGCUCAUUUACUAAGAUCCAUAAAUCAAGAUUUAUGUCGAGAAAAUUUAGUUGAUAAACUAUCUAAUGAUGAGAUUUAUCUCAAUCUUGAUUGGGCCAUGAAGUUUCUUCCUAUCAAAAGUCGGGAACCACAGUCGGAAUUUUUUGGUAAACGAGGCAUCAGUUGGCAUAUUACUGUUGUAAUGAAAAAUGAUGCAACAGUUGAAAACGAGAAUAACAUUUCCGACGAAGACAAUGAUGUCUCAGAUGAUAGUCAGCAAAUCAGCGAACAGGAAAUGACUGAUUUGUCUGGAGAAAACAACGAUGAUAAUAUUGUUGCUAAUAAGAAAAUGAAACAUUCUUUCACAUAUAAAGUUUUUGUACAUGUUUUUGAUCAGUGUACACAGGAUAGUGAGACAGUCGUCGCUAUCUUGAAUGACGUAUUGUGUCGUGUCAAAGAAACUGAUCCGCAAAUAAAAACUGCAUAUAUCCGUUCGGAUAACGCAGGUUGUUAUCAUUCGGCAAACACACUUGUGUCAGCCAAGCAGAUAUCGGAAAAGACUGGUAUAGUAGUCAAACGAUGUGAUUUUUGUGAUCCACAAGGUGGUAAAGGUCCUUGUGAUCGUUGUGCUGCUAUUAUUAAAUCAAUUAUACGUCGAUAUUUGAAUGAAAAUCAUAAUGUGACAACUGCUUCUGAGUUUGUCGAAGCAUGUCAUUCAUAUAAAGGCGUCAAAGGUGUUCAUGCAUUUGAUUGCCGAAUUGAAGAUAAUAAACUGAAAAAGAGUACUAAGUGUACGAUCAAACAAAUAACGAAUUACUAUAACUUCGAGUAUCAAAGUACAGGUCUUCUAGUACAUCGUUCUUGGAAUAUUGGUUCCGGUCUCUUAAUACCGUGGUCACAGUUGAAUCGUAAUCGAACCAUUUAUACUUUAACGUUCAGCGAACUAAAGGGUUUUUCUCAUGACUGGGUUCAGACAAAAGAGAAAUCUAACGAUGAACUUAUGGACGUGGACGACUGUGUUGCACAGGAGGAGGAAUCAGCACAAACCUCUAUAGGACAAAAGAACAUCUACGAAUGUGAUGUGGAGGGUUGCAACGCUGCAUUUAUAAAAUUUGGAAAUUAUCUAAACCACACAGUCAUUAAUGACCACCCUCGUAUAGUUGAAAAGUUUUCGUUGAAAGAUACAGCAAUGAAAAUGUAUCAUUCGAAAUUAGAAGAAGUCGAAAAUCGACGAAUAAUAUCUAUUGAUAUGAAUUUGACGGAGGCGAUUGCUGAUGAAACGAAUCUUCUUCCAAAAGGUUGGGCUUUACCCAUACGCAAACCGAACACAGGAUUUUCAGAUAAACAGCAUGGAUAUCUUAAAAAAAAAUUUGAUGAAGGCGUUUCCGGUGUGAAACAUUGGAAACCGAAAGAAGUGGUGUUCGAUAUGGAGACUCUGAAAGAAGACGGCAAGUUUUAUUUUGCAGCUAACGAACUUUUACAAGAAAGUCAAAUUCGAUCAUUUUUUUCCCGACUAAAACGCGAAAGGCAGCUGAUCCCUACGCGGCAGUCAUCAAUGGAUAACGUAAUCAUCGAAAUCAAACCUGUCAAAAAUACUAGUGAUGACAAUGAUGACGAAGUAAUUGACUCAGAACUUGAAGAAUUAGAGCGAGACUUGAAAGAUACUGAGAUUGCUAUCGAAGAGAAUAAAAUAUUAGAAAGUUUUAGCAUAAAUGCUAAGAAAGCCCUUGAAUCAUCUCUUUUGAUGAGUGAUUCAUGCACAACUUCCUCUAAGACAUUAAAAACAAAGAAAUAAAACAUGAAAUGGACACCAGUUUACCGGUAAAUGUCCACAUCAUCAUAAAUAAGCGGGCACGGGUAUACCGAUUAAUGUCCUCAUCAAUAUAAAAUAAAUGGGCACGGGUUUUCCGAAUAAUGCCCAUUGAUAAAGAAUAAUAUUGUUUAAAUGAGUGCGGGUUUUCCGAGUAACACUCAUAAACAAUAUGGGGACACGGUUUUUCCGAAUAAUGUCCCUCCUCUUCAAAGCAGGAUGGGCUCUACGUGCCGAAGAGGAGAAACACGGAAAAAGUUUUCUUUGACCGUGGCCAACAAUCCUGCCUCUUUUUAUCAAGUAAGUAGACAACUAUUUAAAUAGUACUAGAACUGCCAAUGAAGGCUCCAUGGACAUUGAAGAACUUGUGAAGUGCUUCUCUUUCUUUGCGUGACGUGAUGACAUUUCAAGCUUAGCUAAUCGAUCUUACUUUCAUAAAAUAUAAUAAGUGUUGAUUUUUUAUUUUAAAUAGAGCACAUGCUCAUCGAAAUACGUUGUGCCUAUGUGAAAAAUACUCUAGUUGCUUUAUAAUUUACUCAAACUUCCAUUUUUCAUGA